CCCUCAACGUAAAUUGUCUUUCAUUGUUCUUCCACCAAUUCGUCUACAAAAUCAAAUUCCUACAUAUUAUUUCUUUUACUACUACACCAAAAGAAAAAAAAAAAAAUGGAUAAUCAACUUAUUUCACGGAAGCGAGUUUGUGAUGAUUCAGACGAGUUAGAAAUUAACUCACCCGAGGUAAAGAGACUUCGCGAAGAUCUCUUAGACGACUUAUAUGACUCGGAGUAUAAUGAUAAUAAUAAUAAUGAUAAUAAUACUCCGAGUCAUGAUCUCGAUUCGUACAUGAAGAGUUUCGCAGAAGAAAUUACAUCUUUGCCGCAACCCGAAUUAGGGUACCUUCUAGAAGCAUCUGAUGAUGAACUAGGACUCCCUCCGCCGAAAGAAAUUUCGGCGGCCAUCGAGUCGUCAGUCCAAGUUGUUACUGAGUCGCCUCGACUCAAUAACGAGUUUUGGCCGAGUUAUGAAGACUCGUUCGAUUGUGGAAUUAUUGAAUCGGACCACUAUAGUGGGAAUAUUAUGGGUGAAUAUGUUGGGUUAGAUGGGUUAUUUGAUUAUUCGGAGUCGGGUUUCGGGUCGGGUGAUUUUCUUUGGAGACCCGAAACUUUACCCGCAAAAUAGAUUAUAGGGAAAAAAUAUUGUAAAGAUUUUUAUAAUUUUAGUUUUUUUUCUUAUAUACUAUUGUUUGAUUAGAAACAGAAAGCAAGAAGAAAUUAUGAAAUAUUCAUGAUCUA